AUGGCCCUGGGAGCUGGAGGUGCCGUCAGGAGCAUGAGUGUGGGAAGGAUCAGCCGUUACAGCAUUGUUUCAUCUGAAGAGGAAGCCCUUCGCCUCACCACCAUGCAUGGCAUGAACGGCUUUGGCAAUGGCAAGAUUCACACACGCCGCAAGUGCCGCAAUCGUUUUGUGAAAAAAAACGGCCAGUGCAAUGUGCAGUUUGCCAAUAUGGACGAAAAGUCACAGCGCUACUUGGCAGACAUUUUCACAACGUGUGUUGACAUUCGCUGGCGAUGGAUGCUGGUAGUCUUCACUCUUGUGUUUGUCGUCUCCUGGCUGGCCUUCGGCCUUGCCUUUUGGGUCAUUGCUUUGCUGCAUGGAGAUCUGGAUAACCCAGCUGGAGAUGACAACUUUACUCCGUGCGUCCUGCAGGUCAAUGGAUUUGUGGCCGCUUUUCUAUUCUCAAUUGAAACCCAGUCUACCAUAGGUUAUGGCUAUCGGUGUGUGACUGAGGAGUGCCCAGUGGCAGUUUUUAUGGUGGUCUUCCAGUCGAUUGUGGGUUGCAUCAUUGACUGCUUCAUGAUUGGCGCCAUCAUGGCUAAAAUGGCAAGGCCCAAGAAGCGAGCACAAACACUGUUGUUCAGUCACAAUGCUGUCAUUGCCAUGAGGGAUGGAAAGCUCUGUCUCAUGUGGAGGGUAGGGAAUCUUCGCAAGAGCCACAUUGUAGAGGCCCAUGUCAGAGCACAACUCAUCAAACCUCGGAUAACUGAUGAGGGGGAAUAUAUUCCUCUAGACCAGAUAGACAUUAAUGUGGGUUUCGACAAAGGCUUGGACAGGAUUUUCUUGGUGUCACCUAUCACUAUUCUUCAUGAGAUAGACGAGGAAAGUCCUCUUUUUGGGAUCAGCAAACAGGAUUUGGAAACAGCAGACUUUGAGAUAGUUGUCAUCCUGGAGGGUAUGGUUGAAGCAACCGCCAUGACCACACAAGCUCGCAGCUCUUACCUCGCUUCCGAGGUCCUUUGGGGUCACAGGUUUGAGCCUGUCUUGUUUGAGGAGAAGAACCUGUACAAAGUGGAUUAUUCUCACUUUCACAAAACCUAUGAGGUGCCGUCCACCCCACGCUGCAGUGCCAAGGACAUGGUCGAGGACAAGUUCCUAGUCCCAAGUUCCAAUACCUUCUGCUACGAAAAUGAGCUGGCCUUCCUUAAUCGUGAUGAGGAGGAGGAGGAGGAAGAGGAGGAAGAUGUUGGUGGUGGUAGCAGGGUACUGGCAAAUCUCAGUCCAGGCCGGAACAGCCGACAUGAGUUUGAACGCUUACAGGCAACCAGGGCACUGGAUCAAAGGUCCUAUCGUAGAGAGUCAGAAAUAUGA